AUUCAAAAAACAAUAAAGAAGACAGCCCGACGGGAACAGUUAAUGAGAGAAGAAACUGAACAAAAACGCUUAAAGACAGUACUUGAAUUGCAGUAUAUUUUGGACAAGUUGGGUGAUGAUGAAGUGCGCAGUGACCUAAAACAAGGAACAAAUGGGGUAUCUAUAUUAACAGAAACAGAACUAUCCACACUUGACGAGUUUUACAAGCUGGUUGAACCUGAACGUGACAUGAACAUAAGGUUGAAUGAACAAUAUGAACAGGCAUCCAUUCAUUUGUGGGAUCUAUUGGAAGGGAAGGAAAAACCUGUAUGCGGAACAACAUAUAAAGCCCUAAAAGAAAUUGUUGAACGCGUUCUUCAAACAAGUUAUUUUGACAGUACUCACAACCAUCAAAAUGGACUUUGUGAAGAAGAGGAGACAGCAUCUGCACCCGCAGUUGAAGAUUCUGUGACAGAAACUGAGCCAGAACCAACAGAAGAAUACACUGAACCAAGUGAAGUUGAAUCAACAGAGUAUGUAAACAGACAGUUCAUGGCAGAGGCUCAGUUCAGCAAUAAUGAAAAGGAACAAGUAGAUGAAUGGACAGUUGAAACUGUUGAGGUGGUAAAUUCACUCCAGCAACCACAGGCUACAUCUCCUCCAGUUCCAGAUGCCCAUACGCUUACAGCGGUAGCUCAGGCAGACCCACUUAUUAGAAGACAACGGGUGCAGGAUCUUAUGGCACAAAUGCAAGGCCCAUAUAACUUUAUGCAGGACUCUAUGCUGGAAUUUGAGAACCAAGCACUUGACCCUGCUAUUGUUUCAGCUCAGCCUAUGAAUCCACAAACUUUGCAGAUACCACAGAUGGUUUGCCCUCCAGUUCAUGCUGAAUCUAGACUUGCACAAACAACCCAGGUUCCUGUACAACCUGAAGCUACACAGGUCCCCUUGGUUUCUUCCACAAGUGAGGGAUAUACAGCAUCCCAGCCCACGUAUCAGCCUUCCCAUUCAACAGAACAGCGACCUCAGAAAGAAUCAAUUGACCAGAUUCAGGCUUCAAUAACCUUAAGUACUGAUCAGACACCAACAUCGUCGCCACUUCCAGUUGCAUCCCAGCCUCAGGUAUUUCAGGCUGCCUCUAGCAAACCCUUGCAUAGCAGCGGAAUCAAUGUUAAUGCAGCUCCAUUCCAGUCCAUGCAGACGGUAUUUAACAUGAAUGCACCUGUUCCUCCUGUCAAUGAACCAGAAACUCUAAAGCAACAAAAUCAAUACCAGACCGGUUACAGCCAGACAUUCUCCAAUCAGCCCCAUCCAGUAGAACAAUCAGAACUUCAGCAAGAACAGCAGCUUCAGACAGUGGUUGGUACUUACCAUGGUUCCCCGGACCAGUCCCAUCAAGUGGCAGGUAACCACCAGCAGCCUCCACAACAGAAUACUGGGUUCCCACGUAACGGUCAGCCUUAUUAUAACAGCCGGGGAGUGUCUCGUGGUGGAUCACGCGGCACUCGAGGCUUAAUGAAUGGAUACAGGGGACCAGCCAAUGGGUUUAGAGGAGGAUAUGAUGGCUACCGUCCUUCAUUUUCCAACACUCCAAAUAGUGGUUACACCCAGGCACAGUUUAAUGCUCCACGAGACUAUCCCAACUACCAGCGAGAUGGAUAUCAACAGAAUUUCAAACGUGGCUCUGGACAAAGUGGCCCUCGGGGAGCUCCUCGAGGUCGUGGAGGACCCCCAAGACCCAACAGGGGAAUGGCUCAAAUGAAUGCUCAGCAAGUGAAUUAAUCUAAUACUCAAGAUUACUUUUAAAACGCCAAAAACACUGGCCAGUGUACUAUAUACAUGUUACCAGAAGAGUUAUCUCUGUUUUCCUUUAUAGGAAGUUCAUAGUAAAGGGAUUAUUUUCAUUGCCCAUAAAGACAAGACUACAGUUGUCAGCUUUAUAUUACCUGGAUAUGGAAAGAAAUGCCGUUUGCGCUGCAUGUUCUGUCCUAAGCGUCACUUUGAGCCUUGCACAUGAGAUCCAGACCCUUGCUUUGAUUUUAAACAAAAAUGGCAGUUUCAGAAAAUGUCUAUAGUUAAUUGAACAGGCAGAAAUAAUCCAACUGACUUCAUUGAUGUCAUAUAGUUCUGCAGCAAAUUUGGAUAAGAAUCUGUAAACCCAUAAACGUUUUACUCAAGACAGUUGAUAUAUUUAAACUUUUACAUUAAAAAGAUGGAAGAAGUGAAGUGUGGCUUAACAGAACAACAACUACAUUUCAGCUUUUUCUGUUUCAUUGAAGCGCCUGAAUAUUUACAUGCAUAAUAAAGAGCCCUGACUAGAUAUUAAAUCGGUAAACAGCUUAGGCACACCCUUAGCUACAGCACUUUUUUAUUAGUCUGAUUUGCUGUGGUAAAGGGAUGCAUUAAUUGUUUUGUGUAUCUGUUGAUAUAAUUGUGUAAACCCAGAAUUAAGCUUUGAUUGGCACUUUAAAAUUUUGUGUAAGAAAUAGAAGAUAUAAUCUGGACAGCCACUUGUAUUUUCAAAUGUGAAGUGUUGAAAGAGAUCUCCUGAACACAUAUUUCCUAGAUAGCAAUGCCGUUUGUAAGGAUUGGUAUUUCUUAUCAUUCCUUAUGAUUUGCACAUUGUCUGUCAUUAAUACUUAAACUUGCUGUAUUACCAUCUUAAUAACUGAUGCUGGUACUGAUGGAAAUUAAUGGGUAUGCAUACUACAUGUCACAUGUCUUUUUUCCCCUGCAGCUUUUAAAGAUUUUGAGAAAUCUCAAAUCCCUGCUGGUGCCCUUUAAAUUGCUCUUUUUUGAAAAGCACCAGUAAAUGUUUUGAUCUGUUUCCCCUUUUAAGGGAAAUUACAGCCAGCAGUUACAGAUCCAAGCGAGAUAAAUAAACAUGUUUAUAUUAAAAAAACCUGUAUUCCUUAACAUAUCUUCAAUGACUGAUGAAAACUCCACAAGCACAUUCUUUAAACAGUUUUUUUUUUCAUUUUCAACACUCAAAGAUGAUUCCCAACCCAGAGGUUUGUAAGAUAUUUAUCCAGUAAGGAUAUGCAUUUAUCUGACUUGUUACAAUCAUCAGAUUCAAUGUUGUCAAUUUAUAUUAUGUAGGGGUUGUAAAAGUUUUGAACAAGCAGUAAGAAUUGCGUGCAUGGAUCUUUCAAAACCACCUACACAAGAAUUCAUGAAUUAGUUCAAAGUGUAGUUGGAAGAGUGCUUUUAUGGACAGAGCCAGUAGUUCUAUUAAUUAAUCACAUUGGGAUUAUAGAGUUACUGCGGGGUUUUUUAGGUUCUUUUUGUUUAGUUGACAACUUUUCCUGAUUCUGUAUAUGGUAACAAAAAGUAGACUCUUCAAUUAUGAUAAUUAAGUUAAUUCUUUGAAAGUUUUUUAUAUUAUUAGUAUUUUUAGGUACUGUUAGUGAAAAAGAUCAUAAUGGAAAAUAACUUCAAAUACAGUAUCAGAAGCCAAAGAUAAAUUGGAAAGCAAACAAAAUUAUUAUGUGAUGCAUUUUUUUUAAAAAAAAAUCAAGAUUAUCCAAUGUGAUUUAAACAAGCUGCUGUGCAUAGGUAUUUGUCAAUAACUUACCUGUUUAUAUAAAAUAAGCAACUCUUGCUAGCUUUUUAUUGGGAAAUGAGGCAUACAACAAAAUUAAACUUACUCUUGGAACAUUGCUUUCAAGGCAGAUUUAAAGCCACAAACUAAAAUAAAAAGUAUUUAGAGCGGCAAAAUCUUUUGAGGGCACAGAAUUUGGUGGCCGAAUCAACUACCGGUAAUUUGUAAACAAAAUUGAGAUGACUUUUUAAAGGACUAGUUUAUCUAUUGACUUUCAUGACAAGCUAGCAAUAUUGAAUAUAGUGUUUUAAUUUAAGCAAACCAAACUAUGAUUUUUAGAAAACUUAGAAUUCCCUAAAUAUUAGAAUGACAAGCUAGCAAUAUUGAAUAUAGUGUUUUAAUUUAAGCAAACCAAACUAUGAUUUUUAGAAAACUUAGAAUUCCCUAAAUAUUAGAAGAUACAUUGUGUUCUCAGAUUAAUUCAGCACAGUCAAUAAAUUAUGAACAUGAGCCCUGCUUGGUUCUAUUCUCAAUCUAACUGUAGCAGUGGUGGGUUCUGGCUGGUGGCGUCCACAUGGAUGCAUAGAGUGUGCACGCAUCUUAGCACCUCCGCGAGCCUCCGCAACGCUACAGCUGCUCAGUGGAGCGUUGCACAGGCCCUAUACGCGGCAUGCAUUAAAAAAUCGGUAAGGAGCUCGGGCGGGUGGGCCCUUCGGAGCACCGUACUGGAACGGUAUCCGGUGCUCCGGGCAGGUUCCGGUAUGCCUAUAACUCACCACUGAACUGUAGUCUAUUUUAUGUUCCUCAAUUCCUAGGUGACAAAUUGAAACAUAGAAGUAGUCAUUCCUUGUUACAGCUUGGAGAAAAUCCAAAUAUUAAAGAAAACUGUCCCGUUUCUCAUGGAAAAGCUACAGGUCAAGCUAUUUAUGGGUAGUGAAAAAGAUUUGCUAGGGAUAGGCUUAAUGAGCUUUAUCUCCUGUUUUCAUUGGUGACAAGCCUUAUUUUGUUUCAUGCAUCCAGGAAUUUAUAGAAUUCCUUAGCUUGUAACAAUCCAAAUCAUUUUUUUUGGCCUUCCAUUCAUGAAUAAUGCCUAAAUUAGUCCCUGCAGCUUUCUUGGUAAGGUUUUUCAGAAAUGGUUUGUCAUUGCUUCCUUCCUAGGGCUGAGAAAAAGUAACUAGCCCAGGGCACUCAGUUGGCUAUGUGCCCAAAGCAGGACAGAAACUAACCUUCCAGUUUUUAACUUGAUGCCUUAACCACUACAUCAAACUGGUUCUCAAAAUCUGCUGCAAAUAGUGCAGUUUCUGGUCUUAUGCUGUACAGCAAAGGGGUUAUGGGGGGUUAUGUUUGUAAGUGUGUGACUAGUGUGUAUUGUUAAUUCACCUAUCUGUCAUUGCUUGUCUCCUAGAGAGGGGAGGUAAUAGAAAAAAGUAGCAAAAAAGAACUGCCUCUCCACUGUGCUUCACAUUGCUACUCUUCUCUUUUCUUUGGCUUUCUUACCAGUAGUGCCACCUUUACCGUCUUCCUCAUCCCCUACCCAUUUUUUCUCAUUUUCAUUGGGUGUCCUGAUGCUGUCAAAUAUAAUUUACAUGUUAUAAAACUGGUAUAGGAAAAAAAAAAAGAACUGAAUGUAUGUUUUGAAUGUAGCUAAGCUGCUUCAACAGCUUUCUCCAACCUAGUCUCAAGUGGAAAUGAAG